AUGAGCACCCUACAUACCUUUUACCGCCAUGAAGUAUUAAGUACAGUGACUCGUUCUCACAAGCUGAAUGAUCGCGACCACCCUACUGAUGGCAUGACUGGAGCUCGUGACAACCUGCCACGCUAUUUUGCCAAGUCAGGCCCAACUGAUGCGGAUCCCCGCAAGACAAAGAAAGAUGGCGGUGGCAAAGGGAAUUGGGGUCGCUCCGGGGAUGAAGCACAGGAUUACGAGUAUACCUUGGCCAAUGCCCGACGUCGUUCCAACAGUAGCACGCAAGGCCUGGCGGACUUUAGGACUAAGUUUGAAACCGUCGAGCCCGAACCGGUCUUCGAAGAGCAAUUCCACGAGCCGUCCGACGUGAAUGUGGCAGAUGGAAGCACUGUGACUAAAGUGGAGAGCAGCAUCAGCAGCAAUGAUAGUGAACCCGAUCAGGGAGGAAUGAAGUAA